AUGGACAGAUUUGUGACAUGUGGAUGUCGGUUCUGUCACAUGGACAGACAUGUGGAUGUCGGGUAUCACAUGGACAGACAUGUGGAUGUUGUGUAUCACAUGGACAGACAUGUGGAUGUCAGAUAUCACAUGGACAGACAUGUGGAUCUCAGGUAUCACAUGGACAGACAUGUGGAUCUCAGGUAUCACAUGAACAGACAUGUGGAUCUUGGGUAUCACAUGGACAGACAUGUGGAUGUCGUGUAUCACAUGGACAGACAUGGUGACGUCGAGUAUCACAUGGACAGACAUGUGGAUGUCGGGUGUCACAUGGACAGAGAUGUGGAUGUCGGGUAUCACAUGGACAGACAUGUGGAUGUCAGGUAUCACAAGGACAGACAUGUGGAUGUCAGAUAUCACAUGGACAGACAUGUGGAUGUCAGAUAUCACAUGGACAGACAUGUGGAUGUCGGGUAUCACAUGGACAGACAUGUGGAUGUCAGGUAUCACAAGGACAGACAUGUGGAUGUCAGAUAUCACAUGGACAGACAUGUGGAUGUCGGGUAUCACAUGGACAGACAUGUGGAUGUCGGGUAUCACAUAGGCAGCCAUGUGGAUGUCUAA